AGUCAUCGGUGUGGGGAUGAUGUUUCUCGCUCGUUUGCCGGUGACGAAACGUCAAGCGGGACUUUCUUAAUUUUUCUAUCCCGUCUCGGCUCGUCGUAUCAGGAACGAUUGUUAUGGGACGAUAGCGGGAUCGAUCGUGUCGAUCGUGUUCGAUAGUUCGACGUUUGCUAAGAAACACGCGCUAUUCUAGCUCCUCGUUUGACCGCCGAAUGUUUACGGGUGGUAAGAGUCAGUGCACGGACUAAAAACACAGAGGACCAUCCCCCCUCUCCUUCUAUCCUUCCCCCCCUUUUGGAGAGUCACGAUCGAGCAACGUUCACACGUGCGUUUCCACGUACGAUCGUCCUCCGGGGUCGGUUUGGCGGUUCGUUUGUCAACUGAGAGGGAACUGAGGGAACGAAGCCCGGUGAAAAAUGAAAACCACAUCGUUGCUCGCUCUCGUUGCCUGUCUGCAGUGUCAUGUCAUCGAUACUUUGGCUGUUCCAGCAAGAUCGACCGGGCAAAUUCUCCUCGGCGAGGUAGACAUCGAGGUUCAAAAGGACGACGGCAAUGAAUUAACGACGGAGGAAUCGUUCCCGAAAAAGUGCAUCGUCGACGAUAACACGUACUCUCACGGCCAAACGAUACCGUCGUACGAUCUGAACUCUCAUUGUCUGUGCGUCGCCGGCGAAGUAUAUUGUUGGUGGCAGAAUUACAAUCCGAGCACCGAUCCCUCCGCCGGCCCCUCGUUCCUCCCAUCGACGACGAUAGAAAGUAAUUACACGCCGUCGCUGGAGGGAAGCACGGAUGCCGUCGACAGUUUGGAAGCUUCCGGUGAUCCGGCGGAGGAGCCGUCUGUCGAGCAACAGGGAUACGCGGAGAUUAACACGACCUACUCGACUACCUCGCAGCCAGCGCCGACUACGUGUCUCGUGAUGGGAAGGGAAUACCGUGAAGGCGAGGUACUUCCGCACUCGACCGGAAACUGCAUUGAAUGCAGCUGCGGAUCCGAAGGUCGCGUCGAGUGUUCGCCACGGGACUGUGUGGCCCUUCGACCCGAGAUACCAGUUGCACCAGAUAUACCGGACGCACCGGACGGCGAUUUCGAAGUGUUCAACCUUGCCAGGGACCGAGGAAUCGACGAGAGCUUCUAAAAUAAUCGAUCAUCUGUUUCUCAUGAAUUUUUCUUUUUGAGAGGACAUCCGACAUUCAUGUAAUCGCGUCAAAUAAUCUCUGACUGUGAAGCGUUUCUUUUUUUAUUUUAUUUGAAAUUUGUUGAUCGAUAUGAAUCGUCGAAGAUCGACUAAUUUUAAUUGUAUCGGUUUUACAUGAAAUUGUGAUUUUUAU